AUGUAUUCGAGUACCCCAUCUCCUAUUACCCUCGAUUAUACCCUCCACGAUCUCUACAUAGCCAGUCAGGAAGAUGGCCUGAAUACCGUCCUGAUCUACUACCCUUUACAGUUUGGACACAACCAUGAGGGUAAAUCGGCCAAGUUUGCCUACGGGUACAAAGUGGAAGAAGAGGAUGAAUUUGCAACGUCCUUGACGAUGGCCGCCAACCUGGUACCACAGCGAUAUGCGUUCUCAGCCGGGAGGAUGCCUCUGGUCAUUCUGGACAUUAUUACACAAAGGAGAUUAGCUGGCGGAAGCGAAGGGGAUUCUCGAGCUACGGAUUCUAUGCCCGCCCAUCAUCUUGACAUCUAUCAAACCUUCGCUCAGCUACACCCCGACCAGCGGCCGAUCGUGAGUUUUGCAGAGGAUUCGGACCGUAUACAGUUAGGCUCGGACGCGAGGGUCGCUGUUCUAUUGCCUACCGACUGCCUAUCACAUUUACCACACCUGAUCUGCCCGGAAACGCACUAUGAGAUCCUGUCAAAACGUGGGCUAGCUGUGUCUGGAUUACCAACGCCGCCGUCUCGGGUCAUUGACACCAUUCUUGGCGACUCCGAGGAUCCCACUCUACUUACCAUAGAGAUUGCCCGGAUGACGGCGCCAAUUGACCAACAUCAGAUCCCUUUCAUCGUCAAAUUACCCCAGUCGAUUUCAGGGAUGGGCACCUUUGCCGUGACCUCCGAAACUGACCGAACGCGUAUAAAAGCCAUGCUCACGUCUCAGUUAGGAGCCAUGCUACGACAACUUAAUCAAACGAACCGGCAUCUUCAUCCCUGCUCGUUGGUCUUGCAAGACUUUGUUGACGGACCGGUGGUGGCUUUAUCAUUGUUCGUCACGAAGACCGGCAAACCCUUUUUUGUUGCCUGCUGCGAGCAACUAUUUAAUCACCACUCGCAUUGGAUCGGCGGGCGCAUCUCGUACCGGCGGCAGGAUUGGUAUCGAAAGACAUUUUGCGCGCUCAUGGGCAAAGUGGCUGCGUUCUUGCAUCGCAAAGGGUAUCAUGGCCCGGCGGGCGUGGAUAUUGUCAUCGAUCAACGCAGCGGGGAGCAGUUGGUUAUUGACCUGAAUGUUCGGGUUACUGGCACUUUUCAUCUAGGGCCUCUCAUGGGGCAUUUUACUCGGCGUGGGUUGUUCGAGGCUGCGAUGACUAGCGGACAUUUGUUUUGUACACGAGAUGAAUUUGAGGAAAUCUUUUUGGAGGAACUUCGACAAGGCAGUAUGAUUGUUAGUGGCUUUGUUCAUAAUGAGUCACAGUCAAAAAGCCAUGCUGCGAUUACUGUUGGAGCUAGAGAUCAUGAUAGUUUGCAGGAGUACCUUGAGCGGGUUAGGGCUGUUGGUCUGCAAAAUUAG